GUCAUUUCAUGCACCAUGGAUAAUCAAAGUGAACAGCAAGAUCAACGUCUUGGCCAUCGCCGACAGCCCGCUCUGGGCAAGGCAAUGCCAGUGACCGCCUUGCUCCUCAAUCUGAAUCCGUCGCCGACGAAUAAGGCAAGUCAUGCUCGCGGUGCUGCUGUCGAGGAUGAGGAUGAGCCGCCGCCGCGUUACUUCAGCAUUGCUGAGGAGUUGCAAGAGCCUCCAUCACCAAAUGGUAAUGACUCCCCCGAUCCGGGACACUAUGCACAGCAGCAGCUGAUGGGCAAUGCCAGAGAUUAUUCGCCCUGCCUCAACUGCAACCAGACGGCGCCAGAGCAUUUGACUGGUCCGAAUGCGGUCAUCAAUGAGAUGUGCCUGCGGUUGUGUAACGAGGAGUGCCGUCGUGGUUUUAGCCUGACUGGCCAGUUGGCCACACAGGAUGCACAGCUGCAGCAUUUGCACAAGGAUUUCCUCAAGCAGUAUGAAAUUGCGGAAGCGCUUGCCAAGACCUCGGCAAUGACCUCGACAACACAAAUGAAACAGCGACUCGCCGCACGCAAACUGGAAAUGGAAUUCGAGUCUCAGGCAUCGGCGGGCCGCGCGGCAGCCAGGCUGGCCACACCCAGCGACAUGGUUGAUGCUGCCGCUGUCUCUCCGUCUCCGUCUCCCUCUCCAUCUCUGUCUGCCUCUGCCUGUGCUGCUGCCGCUGGAGACACGAUGCCGCCAAUCGCUGAUUAUGAGAUGCCGCCGCCGCCGCGAGAUCUACUGUUGUAUCUUGUGAGAAUGGGCUCUUUCAACUCGGCGCCCAAGAUCAACAAUGUUGAUUCACAGGACGAUGGCUUGGAGCUUCCCAAAGGUCUGAGCACCGUUGCUCUGCUGGAGCAUGUGCAGCAACUACGCGGAGGAGGCAUCGAUCCACCCUCUCUGCUCACCCGAUCCUUUCUGAACCCAUCGCUGACUAGCGAGGAUGUGACCGAUGGAUUGCGCUGCCUCAAGUUGAAUGCUGUCUCUCGUGUGUGUAGUCCGCCCGUUGAGAAUGAUGGCUCCCAGAAUAUACGAUUGCUGCAGUGGAAUAUUCUAUCUCAAACUCUGGGACAGCACAAUGACGGUUUUGUGCGUUGCCCUGAAGAGGCUUUGACCUGGCAGCAUCGCAAGUAUUUGAUUGUCCAGGAGAUUCUACAAAAUCAACCAGAUGUUGUUUGUCUGCAAGAAGUGGAUCAUUUCAAGUUCCUGCAGACUGUGCUGGGCAGUCAAAACUAUGCUGGCAUCUUCUUCCCAAAGCCGGACUCACCAUGUCUGUAUAUAGAGCAAAACAAUGGACCCGAUGGAUGUGCGUUGUUCUACAAGAAGGAUAAACUCCAGCUGAUGGGAUAUGAUACGCGCAUCCUUGAGGUAUGGCGUGUCCAGAGCAACCAGGUGGCAAUUGCGGCUCGUCUGCAACUGAAGGCGACCGGAAAGGAGUUCUGCGUGUGCACCACACAUCUGAAGGCUCGACGUGGUGCUCUCCUGGCCAAGCUGCGCAACGAACAGGGACGCGAUCUCAUUCGAUUUGUUAAGCAGUUUGCAGGAGAGAGUCCUUUGUUGUUAUGUGGCGACUUCAAUGCAGAGCCCAUUGAGCCCAUCUAUGCCACAAUUCUCAGCUGCGAUCUGUUGAAGCUCGGCAGCGCCUAUGCGGAUAUGAAGCUGGAACGGGAGAGGAGUCAACAGCAGGAACGGGAACGGGAAGUCGCCGAGCGCUGUGAGGAUGCGAAUGAAUUUGUCUCGCAGUCCAUUCAACGCGAGCCACCAUACACCACAUGGAAAAUCCGUGAGGAUGGUGAGGAGUGUCAUACCAUUGACUAUGUCUUCUACACUCCCAAACAGCUAAAGAUCAAAAACUGCUUAGAAUUUCCAGCCGGCGAGCACAUUGGGAAAAAUCGCACACCCAGCUUUCAAUACCCCUCAGAUCAUUUUUCCCUGGUCUGUGACUUUGAGCUGCUGGAUGAGACCAGACCAGAAGGCACCAUACAGUAGACGACCAGUGGAGUGGGAUUGGGAGAGCACACAACAGCACUACAUACAUGCACACACAUACUGCAAUUACAUAAUAAAUUGUGAUAUUAGUUCUUAGAUACAUUUUAGCCUCAUAUAAAUGUUGCACAGCGAUCAAUUUCUUAAAGAAUUUCAACAGAAAUUUCACAAUAAAUGAGUGUAACUUUUUAAAUCUA